AUGGUUCAAUCAUCUAUCCUCGGCUUCCCUCGCAUGGGAGUCAACCGUGACUUGAAGAAGGCCACCGAAGCUUACUGGGCUGGCAAGAUCUCUCAGUCUGACCUCCUUGCAGAGGCCAAGAGACUUCGUCUUGAGCACUGGAAUAUCCAGAAGAAGGCUGGUGUCGAUGUCAUUCCUAGCAAUGACUUUGCCCUCUACGAUCAAGUUCUUACUCACAUCCAAGAUUUCGGCGUCGCUCCUCCUCGCUACACAACACAAGGUCUCGAUGCUAUCGAUGAGUACUUUGCUAUGGGUCGUGGACACCAGAAGGAUGGCAUUGAUGUCCCAAGUUUGGAGAUGGUGAAAUGGUUCGACUCGAAUUACCACUAUGUCAAGCCAACCUUCCAGGAUGGCCAGACCUUCAAGCUCAACCCAAAUCCAAAGGCCGUUAACGAAUUCCUCGAGGCUAAGGAGGCUGGUAUCACCACUCGUCCAGUUCUCGUCGGUCCGGUUUCUUUCCUCCACCUAGGAAAGCCGGAUCGUGAUCAGACCGUCAACCCUAUCGACCUUCUUGAGAAGCUCCUCCCGGUAUACGAGGAGCUCCUCACCAAGCUGAAGGAGGCUGGUGCCGAGACUGUGCAGAUUGAUGAGCCAACUCUUGUCUUCGAUCUCCCAGCAAAGACCAAGGCUGCUUUCAAGCCAACAUAUGAGAAACUUGCCAGCUUAGGUGACAAGAUUCCAAAGCUCGUCUUUGCCACAUAUUUUGGUGAUAUCGUCCACAACAUUGAUGCUCUUCCAUCAGACAUCUACGCUGUGCACGUCGACUUGGUCCGCAACCCAGAGCAACUUGACACUGUCAUCUCUGCUCUCGGCUCAAAGACUAUUCUCUCCGCUGGUGUCGUCGAUGGACGUAACAUCUGGAAGACCAACCUCAAGCGUGCUAUCGAGACCGUCGAGACCGCUGUUCAGAAGCUCGGCAAAGACCGCGUCAUUGUCGCUACCUCCAGCUCCCUUCUCCAUACCCCACACACUCUCGCAAGCGAGAAGAAGCUUGAUCCCGAGGUUGCUGAUUGGUUCUCCUUCGCUGUCGAGAAGGCAUCCGAGGUUGCAGUGAUCGCUAAGGCUGUCACUGAUGGCCCAGCUGCUGUUCGCGCUGAGUUGGAGGCUAACGCCAAAUCAAUUCAAGCCCGCGCUACCUCCAAGCGAACAAACGACCCUAAAGUCAAGGAUCGUCAAUCAAAGAUCACUCCAGACUACUACAACCGAAAGAGCGAGUUCCCAGUCCGCAUUGCACAGCAACAAAAGAGCUUGGGACUUCCUCUUUUCCCAACCACUACCAUCGGAUCUUUCCCUCAGACCAAGGAAAUCCGUAUCCAGCGUAACAAGUUCACCAAGGGUGAGAUCACCGCUGAGGAAUACGAGAAGUUCAUCGAGAAGGAAAUCCAAGAUGUCGUCAAGAUCCAAGAGGAACUUGACCUUGAUGUCUAUGUUCAUGGUGAGCCAGAGCGAAACGACAUGGUUCAAUACUUCGGUGAGCGUCUCGAUGGAUAUGCUUUCACCACUCACGCCUGGGUCCAAUCUUACGGUUCUCGAUGUGUCCGUCCUCCAAUUGUUGUUGGUGACAUCUCUCGCCCAGCACCAAUGACCGUCAAGGAGUCCAAAUAUGCCGUGUCCAUCUCCAAGAAGCCAAUGAAGGGCAUGUUGACUGGUCCAAUCACCUGUCUGCGAUGGUCUUUCCCUCGUGACGAUAUUCAUCAAUCCGUCCAAGCUGAGCAACUUGCUCUCGCUCUCCGUGAUGAGGUUGUUGAUCUUGAGGCUGCCGGUGUAUUUGUCAUCCAGGUCGAUGAGCCUGCUCUUCGUGAGGGUCUUCCUCUUCGUUCCGGUAAGGAGCGCGAGGCUUACCUCGACUGGGCUGUCAAAUCUUUCCGUCUCUCCGUCUCCGGUGUUCAAGACUCCACUCAAAUCCACUCUCACUUCUGUUACUCUGAGUUCCAGGACUUCUUCCACGCCAUCGCCGCUCUUGAUGCUGAUGUCCUCUCCAUCGAGAACAGCAAAUCCGAUGCUAAGCUUCUCAAGGUCUUCGUCGAUGAGGCAUACCCACGACACAUUGGACCAGGUGUCUAUGACAUCCACUCUCCUCGUGUUCCAAGCGAGCAAGAGAUCAAGGACAGAAUCGAGGAAAUGCUGCAAUACCUCAAGCCUGAGCAACUUUGGAUCGACCCUGAUUGUGGUCUUAAGACUCGACAAUGGGCUGAGACCAAGGCCGCUUUGGUCAACAUGGUCAACGCUGCUAAAUUCUUCCGUGAGAAAUAUGCUAAGAAAUAA